GAGGUGUUUGUACUCCACGUAAAUCGUUUGGAAAAUCUAAACGUUGUUGUGCUUUGUAACCAUUAAAACCGCAGCUCCCCUGAUCACUUGUUUAUUAGACGGUCCUGCCCGGUUCAAUAUGGCGAACUCGUUGGCGUACCGCAGCGACGGGCCAAAGCAGAACAGAACUGAUCUGAAAGCAGUGCGGUGGGUCUCAAUGACGUAACCGCGCGGAGUCGUCGCGUGCAGCUGCCGAACUCUGAACACGCGUGAAAGUGUUGAAUUGACACUCGAUCCGGAUCAAGGAAACGAUAAAUGAGGGGAAAAGCGCGUGCACGUGCGAUUAUAUAUUUACACAUGACGAGCUAAGAGUGUUUGUGCUGAAGAAGUGCUCAGCGCGGAUAGUUUGGAUAAAUCAAUAAAUGAGGAGGUUUAAUGCGCGAAUUCCUCCUGAUCCACUCUUGUUUUAAACACUGUGGCGAUAUUUGAAGUGUAAGUCGAUGAGUAACGAUGUUUAAAGUCAGUUUUGUUACUCGAGCUCAAAGUUCAUGCUGUAGUUUGUUCAGAAGUAAUUAAAGGGACUUGCCUGUCAGUCAACCCAUAGCCCCGCCCCAUCAUGACUGAGGUCACUGUGGUCAAGGAAGGUUGGCUUCAUAAACGAGGUGAGUAUAUAAAGACCUGGAGACCGCGAUAUUUCAUCCUGAAGAGUGAUGGAUCCUUCAUCGGCUACAAGGACAAGCCCGAGUUAACUGAUCAGAGUUCAGCUCCGCUCAAUAACUUCUCUGUGGCGGAGUGUCAGCUGAUGAAGACGGAGCGACCGCGACCCAACACCUUCAUGAUCCGCUGUCUGCAGUGGACCACCGUCAUCGAGCGGACCUUCCAUGUGGAGAGCAGCGAGGAGAGGGAGGAGUGGAUGUCUGCCAUUCAGGCGGCAGCCAAUGGGCUGCAAGCGCAGGAAGCAGAAGAGCCGAUGGAGAUCAAGUUUGGUUCUCCCAGCGACAGCAGCGGCCUGGAGGACAUUGAGGUGUUUUUGUCCAAGUCUCGCUCUCGGGUGACGAUGAGUGACUUUGAUUAUUUGAAGCUGCUGGGUAAAGGCACGUUUGGGAAGGUGAUUCUGGUGAGGGAGAAGGCCUCUGGCAUGUACUACGCCAUGAAGAUCCUGCGCAAGGAGGUGAUCAUCGCCAAGGAUGAGGUUGCACACACAGUCACAGAGAGUCGUGUGCUGCAGAACACCAGACAUCCCUUCCUGACGACGCUGAAGUACGCCUUUCAGACAAACGACCGUUUGUGUUUCGUGAUGGAGUAUGCCAACGGUGGAGAGCUCUUCUUUCAUCUGUCCCGUGAGCGUGUGUUCUCUGAAGACAGAGCGCGCUUCUACAGCGCUGAGAUCGUCUCAGCUCUAGAGUACCUCCACUCUCAGAACGUCGUCUACAGAGACCUGAAGCUGGAGAACCUCAUGCUGGAUAAAGACGGACACCUUAAAAUCACAGACUUUGGUCUCUGUAAGGAGGGAAUCACAGAUGAGGCCACCAUGAGGACGUUCUGUGGGACUCCAGAGUAUCUCGCACCAGAGGUUCUGGAGGACAAUGAUUACGGUCGAGCAGUGGACUGGUGGGGUUUGGGGGUAGUGAUGUACGAAAUGAUGUGCGGACGACUGCCCUUCUAUAAUCAGGAUCACGAACGGCUCUUUGAGCUCAUUGUGAUGGAGGAGAUCCGUUUCCCCAGAAACAUCACGCCCGAAGCCAAAGCGCUGCUCACAGGUCUGCUGAGGAAAGACCCCAAACAGAGGCUGGGGGGCGGUCCAGACGAUGCUAAAGACGUGAUGUCACACAAGUUCUUCUCCUCUAUAAACUGGGAGGACGUGCUGCAGAAGAAGUUGGUUCCUCCCUUCAAACCGCAGGUGACGUCAGAAACGGACACUCGCUACUUCGAUGACGAGUUCACUGCUCAAACCAUCACCGUUACGCCUCCAGACAAGCUGAGCUGUCAGGAUGUGGACGCCGCUGGCCCGUGUGCACACUUUCCUCAGUUCUCCUAUUCGGCCAGCAUACGAGAGUGACACGUACUUUAAUCCACUAUCACACUGACACAACGUCAUCUCAGAAAACACAGACUCUCAAACCAGCUGCUGAAAGACAGACGGGCAUCCCAGAAUCAUUACAACACUAAAGGUUCUCCUGGGAAAGAUUAUCACGAAGUCACAUCACAACAUUGUUACUUGUCAUUUAGAAUCUUACAUGUGGAUUGUAUGUUUUGAUCUGUAUGUGAUUUUAAAGCAAGUAUACAUGUGAGCACAAGUUAAACUGAGCACCAAAACUCACGAGGUUACACAAAACAACACUAUAGUUCAUCAAAGAUUAAAGACUUCAGCCUGCAGUGA